CUGACUUACAUCUUCAUCAUUACAAAUUGCUUCUAACUCUUAGCUAAAAUCUUAACUCUUCAAAAAUCAUGAUUCAUCUGCCUGUAUCGCUAGUGAUCAUAUGAACCUCACAAUCUCCUUGUUAAAUUUCCUUUUUUUUUCCUGAUUGCUCAUUAUCCAGGAUAUUUAUGAAUCAAUGCAGGCCUUCUGAUGGUGCUGUACUGAAGUAUAUCAGCUCUUCUCCAUCACUUCUGUUAAAAGCCUUUGUAGAGAUGCUGAUCAUCCCUCACCUUGUCUGUUGACUUUCCCUGUCUUGCUGCACUGUCCAUCCUGUUCCAAGUUCAGCUGCUUAAAAUCUCCUACCUGCUGCUUGAACCAGAUUGCUCCCAAAUUUACUGUCGGAUGACUCAGAAAUGGCACAGUGUCUCUUUCAAGCUCUUGCUUCCUUUUGCUGCCAUUUUCCCUCACUCCAGUCUUUUCCCCUUCCCCCAACUCUUCUUCUUGGUAAGGGGCAGAUAUCAAUUCUACCUUUUGCGUGGCACAGAGCACAAUCAAUAAGGGCUUGCUGAGUUGUCAGGAUUGAUUUUUAUGUAGCGUGAAGGCCCCUUCACCCUGUUCAGACUGGGUGUGUUAUUGAUACUACAAGAUAUCUUAGAAUGAUAGGGAUGGUCUUAAUGUAAAAGGGAGCUGGAUGAUAAUGCUCUCCAAGUUGUUGUAGUGUAGAGGUGGAGAAAUUACUUUAGGAUCUUUUCAGAGGCAAUCCUGGGUUGGGAAGGUACAGGGUCUUCAUCUCAUUUCAGUGUUCCUCCAGUUGCUGACUUUGUCCCCAAGUUUCUAUUCCUCAAAUACUGAGCACUAUUUGUGAUCACAGCUCGUUGAUGUGAACUUUGCUGUCACCAGCAACUCAGUUUUACCACAAAGUGCCAUUCUUAUUUUUUCUUGUGUGACAGAUCCUUGUACCUUGGGGAAUGGUCACUGGGGAGCCAUUCCAAAAUUUGCUUCCAAACUGCAGAGGAUGAAGUGCAGAUAACUCUUGAGCCUUCCUAAGGUGCUGCCCUUCCCAGUUUAAAACACUGCACAAUAGGGCUCUGUUCCCUCUCUAAAGAAAUGUUUCCCAGGCUGUGCUGCUCUUGCCUGCUGAUUUCAGCAUGAAAUCCCCAUUGCAUGGAUUCACUGCUGUCCUUUUAUGUGGACCACGGCAAGCAAUUCCUUCUUCCUUUGCAUCUCCCUUCGUGCUGUACCUCCAUAAACCUUAUGUAGAUAAGCAACUAUAAUGGAGAGGCAGAAGAGAAAACAAGAGAUAGAGAAAGGACUUCAGUUCAUUCAGUCCACAUUACCCCUAAGCCAAGAAGAUUAUGAGGCCUUUUUGCAGAAGCUGGUGAGAAACUUGUUUGCAGAGGGCAAUGAUUUGUUCCGAGAGAAGGAUUUCAAGCUUUCCCUGGUACAGUACGUAGAAGGGCUGAACGUGGCGGAUUACGCAGCCUCCGACGAGGUGACCAUCCCAAAGGAACUCCUCUGCAAGCUCCACGUCAACCGAGCUGCCUGCUACUUUGCCAUGGGGUUGUUUGAGAAGGCACUGGAAGACAGCGAGAAGGCUUUAAGUCUCGACAAGGAGAACAUCCGAGCGCUAUUCCGGAAAGCCCGUUCCUUAAAUGAACUUGGAAGACACAAAGAAGCAUAUGAGUGCAACAGCCGAUGCUUGCUGUCCCUCCCACAUGAUGAAAGUGUCACACAGCUGGGACAGGAGCUUGCCCAGAAGCUGGGACUGAGGGUUCGAAAAGCAUACAAAAGACCUCAGCAGGAAUUGGAAACAUUCUCACUACUCAGUAAUGGCACCUCAAUCAAUUCAUCAAACCAGACUACUUCCAAUGGAUUGGGCUCAAUAGAUGACAUUGAAACAGACUGCUCUAUGGACUUGCAGUGCCUCCCAGCUCCUGUGGCCACCUCCAUCCCUGUGAAUGAGGGGAUGGCCCCUUUGCCCUCUGAUUCAGAUGCAAAGGGCUUGCCCACCUCACUUCCUGCUGCCAGCUUGCUCCCGUCUCCAGACUGUGUACCCUUGCCAGUGCCUGAGAACACGGAGGACUUCACAGAUGGGGACAUCAUUGGGGAAGAGCUAGACUCCCUCCUGGAUUCCCUUGCUGAAGGGUCACCAUACCCUCUAUCUCUUGUCCAGGGCACCAUUCCUACCAACCUGCCAACAGAGAUGCCCCAGUUGAUUCCUGUGUUUCCGGGAGGAACUCCACUGCUGCCUCCAGUUGUGACAGCCAGCAUUCCUGUCUCCACCCCUCUGCCACCUGCCUCCUUUGGCCUGGUAAUGGAUCCCACCAAGCAACUCUCCUCCUCCUCUGUUCUGGAUGCCUUUGAGGCCCCACAAGGAGGAAGUGGUGGCUCCACUUUAGAUUCGCUGGAUUCCCUGGAUCUGCUUCCAUACACAGAUACACGGCUUGAUGCCCUGGACUCCUUUGGGACAAGCAGGGGGUCACUGGAUACCUUGGACUCCUUUACCAUUGAAGAAACUAGCUCUCAGGAACUGCGACACCCACCUGGCAGCCAAAAGCCAGCCCCAGCGGUGAGUGAGCUACUGCCCCAUGCUGACAUCCCAGGGUGCUCUGGAGCCAAGGUCAGCCUUGGUGGAGUGAGUCACCCAGCUGCGCCCAAGGCCACUGAGCACCUGCUGUCCCAGCCAGAACCAGCAAUGCCCAACACAGCUCUGCUGGUGAAGAACCCCUUGGCGUCUACUCAUGUUUUCAAACAGGCCUGUCAUAUCUGCUACCCCAAAACAGGGCCCAAGGCUGGUGAUUACACCUAUCGGGAAGGCUUGGAGCACAAGUGCAAGCGGGACAUCCUGCUGGGCAGGCUGAAGAACUCAGAAGACAAGACCUGGAAGAGGAUCCGUCCUCGCCCAACCAAAACCAACUUUGUAGGAUCCUAUUAUCUGUGCAAAGAUAUGCUUAACAAGCAGGACUGUAAGUACGGGGAUAACUGCACCUUCGCGUACCACCAGGAAGAGAUCGACGUGUGGACGGAGGAGCGGAAGGGGACCCUCAACCGUGACCUCCUCUUUGACCCGCUAGGUGGGAUCAAGCAGAGCAGCCUCACAAUUGCCAAGCUCCUCAAGGAACAUCAGGGCAUCUUCACCUUCCUCUGUGAGAUUUGCUUUGACAGCAAACCCCGGAUUAUCAGCAAAGGGACCAAGGACACACCAUCUGUCUGCUCCAACCUUUCUGCAAAACACAGUUUCCAUGACAACAAGUGUCUAGUCCACAUUGUGCGUUCCACCUCCCUGAAAUAUUCCAAGAUCCGUCAGUUCCAGGAGCACUUCCAGUUUGACGUGUGUCGACAUGAGGUGCGUUACGGCUGCCUGCGUGAGGACAGCUGCCACUUUGCUCACAGUUUCAUUGAGCUCAAGGUCUGGCUGCUGCAGCAAUAUUCAGGAAUGACCCACGAAGAUAUCGUGCAGGAGUCUAAGAAGUACUGGCAACAGAUGGAGGCACAUGCCAGCAAACCAGCCAACAGCGUGGCUUCUCCCCGGACUCCCACGUCAAGCACCUUUGACCUCCAGAUGAAAUUUGUGUGUGGCCAGUGCUGGAGGAACGGGCAGCUGGUGGAGCCAGAUAAAGACCUCAAGUACUGUAGUGCCAAAGCCCCCCACUGUUGGACGAAGGAACGCCGUGUCCUGCUGGUGAUGUCCAAAGCUAAGAAGAAGUGGGUGUCAGUCCGACCACUGCCUUCCAUCCGUAAUUUCCCACAGCAAUAUGAUUUGUGUAUCCAUGCACAGAAUGGCAGGAAAUGCCAGUAUGUAGGCAACUGCUCCUUUGCCCACAGCCCUGAGGAGAGAGACAUGUGGACCUUCAUGAAGGAAAAUAAAAUACUAGAUAUGCAGCAGACCUAUGACAUGUGGCUAAAGAAACACAAUCCUGGGAAGCCUGGAGAGGGAACACCACUCACCUCGCGAGAAGGGGAGAAACAGAUCCAGAUGCCCACUGACUAUGCGGACAUCAUGAUGGGCUACCACUGCUGGCUCUGUGGGAAAAACAGCAACAGCAAGAAGCAAUGGCAGCAGCACAUCCAGUCAGAGAAACACAAGGAGAAGGUCUUCACCUCAGACAGUGACUCCAGCUGCUGGAGCUACCGCUUCCCCAUGGGCGAAUUCCGGCUCUGCGAGAGGUUCCAGAAGAACAAGACCUGUCCUGAGGGAGAGGAGUGUCGCUAUGCCCAUGGGCAGGAUGAGCUGACAGAGUGGCUAGACCGGAGGGAAGUGCUGAAACAGAAAUUGGCCAAAGCUCGCAAGGACAUGCUGCUCUGCCCCAGGGAUGACGACUUCGGGAAAUACAACUUCCUAUUGCGGGAUGACGUAUAGUAUGAGCUGGGAGGAGUCUGUCAGCAGCAGAAACACGGGGUGGAUUUUCCGAGUGGCAGUAGCAGGGAGAGCGAGAUCUCUGUCUCGCAAAGAGAACUUUUUCUUUCCUUUUGUUUUAAGAUUAUGAGAUGAUGAUUUAUUAGUGAAUGAAUUUGUGAAUUUGAUUCUCGUUGGCCAGCGACGCCAUGCUCACUGAGUUUGUGAUCCAUCUUUUCUCUCUUCUUUCCCCCAAAUUCUCCUUCCACUUCAUCUUCUUGUUUUUACUGUCCUUCAUUCAAAGGAAUUAAUUCCGUCUAUACUGGGCUGCAAAUCAGAGAAUUUCUCCUUGUGUCAUUCUUCUGUCUUUCAAUUCAGAGUAUGACUGCAGAGGUGUGGAGGACAAAGCUGAGAGAGAGGGACAAAAAAGUUGUGGAUGCCCCAUCCCUAGAACUGUUCAAGGACAGGUUGGAUAGAGCUCUGAACAAUGUGGCCUAGAGGAACAUUUAGAAGGUGUCCUUCUAAAUGACAGGGGGAUUGAAACUAGAUGAUCUUAAGGUCCCUUCCAGCCCAGACCAUUCUAUGAUUUUAUGAAAUCUGGUGAAUAGGUGACCAUGAAUUUCAUAUGUUCCUUUCCUCAGUGCUGCAGACUAAGCCCCACUUACUCUGCUGCAGCCUUCCUGUUCUUCCGGGAGUUUGGUACCAGAAGAAAUGGGAAUUGUGGUGCAAAGAAGGAAAACCACUAGAUUUAGCUUAAAACAUCUAGGCUUAUGCUCCAGCUGUCUGUAUUGCCCUGAGACAUCAGCUGUUGGUGAGGACGAUAACAGCUGCGUGGUAUAAGGAGUGCAAAGUAAACACAGCAAAGUAAUGAAACUGCUUGCAGCAGUGGGAACUGGGUUGUAGGUGACUUCAAACUCCAGCUCACUGUAUUCAGAAAGCAAGUUGGUGACUUCUCAUUAGAUGUCUUUUUCAGUGUGUGGCAGGUAUUCAGGGCAGAUAGUUUGGGUUUGUUUUUUUGGCUGGUGUGAUUGGUGCAAGUAAAACAGAACCCAUCUAGGAUGUGUAGUGGAGUCUGUGACACAGUGCAUGUCACUGAAGUCCACACAACAGUAUCAGUCAGGAGGGAGGUGGUCACCAAAAGGAGCCUGUGUUUCUGUGUUGCUUUGUGUCCUGAAGAGAGGGAGGGAGGUAAUGGUGUUCUUUCUUGCUCUUUAAAUGGCAUGUGUUUCUUGUUACUUAGAGCUGCAUUUUUCCCUGCACUGCCAGAAGAACUGGGUGGGGACCCAUUUAAAAGGACACCAUUGCGCAGCAUGGGCAAUGUUUAGCUAAUGAGAAUCCAGCUGGAAGCACUUACCAGUACCAGAGGUCCAGCCCCCUCCUCCUCAGAGCCAGGGCAGGGAGCACAGUGCAACCAGGAUGUGACCCAGAGCAGGGACAGUGGUGGAGAGCAGUGGCCUGCGUCUAUGCUGCCUGAUGUGUGCUUUGAUGAGGCAACCAGUAAUGCUGAACUCUGGGACAGGAGUUUUGCUUUUACAAGUGGCAGCAGUGAGAAGCAGUACUGCUCUGAAUGCCAGCUUUGUCAUUUCUGGCAGUCUCAUCCUGUAAGCAGUAAAUGUGUCCCCUGACCUGAGCUUCCCUCUCCAUCUCUCCUGCAGUCCAGCUGUGCUCUGCAGUUUUGCAUGCAUGGAUGGCACCAUCCACUCAAACACAAACACAUCUCCCUCCCAGCCUUUGUCAGGGAUGUCUUUUUCAUACAGAGUCUCCCAGGACAGCAGUCUCAGAGCCCUUGGGGCUGGUAGGGCUGUAUCCAUGGUAAAUACAAUCUGGCCAUGAACUCUUGGUGCUUUGACAUUGCUGCAUCCUCCCAUUCCUCUCUGCUCCCAUAUCCUUGGGGUUCAGAGCUUCAGGAGAGAUGGGAUGUGAAAAUCAGGAGAUGUGGAGAUGGUGUGGGACAGCUGUCACCUUUCUAAACCAGACUUCAGGAGGGUGCUUCAGUUCCACUGGGAUAUUUAUAUUCCAUUGGGAUAGUUAGGGUCCAAUUAUGGAGCAGAGGGCACUGGAUUCUGGUCUGGAAUCUUUCCAGAGACAUGGUGUGCUCUAAGUAAACUGAAAGCACUUAGAAUCAUUAAGUUGAAAAAGACCUCAAAGAUCAUCGAGUCCAACUGUUAACCUGGCACUGCCAAGUCCCAGACUAAACCAUGUCCCAAAGUGCCACAUCUACAUGUAUUUUUAAAUACCUCUGGGGAUGUUGAUUCAGCCUCUUUCCUGGGCAACUUAACCACUUUUCUGCUGAGCUCUUUUUCCCCUCCUUUAAAAUAUGGAUGGUAAUCUCUGGUUUGCUAUGAGCAAUAUCAGACAUGGCAGUUUCUGAGUGGUCAGGUGCUGUAUUUUCUCCUUUGUUCUUUGUGGUAGCUAUGGUACCUUCUGAUCAUCCUUGUGCUCAAGCAGUCAGCUUUAGAGGUGGGAGGAGACAGGCAUCAGCUCCUGGGUAAUCUUGUUCUGCUCUUCUUGGGCAGAGAUGCCAAGGAAGGAAAUCUGGAUUGGGGAACACUGGAAUGUGUUUUUUAUUUUUAAAACAAACCUGCAUCUCUAGUGUGACUCUAGCGUUCGCUGAGCCGUGAUUUCUCAUGCAAUGAACGACUUGUGUAGGUUACAGAGUGGGUUACUGUCCCAUGUCCCCCUCUCUGCAAUGAGAGUUGAGCUUCUCAGUGGGGCUUCAGAGGUUCAGGCUGGGGCUGAGGUGGGGAGAGGGGGAGAGUGAGAUGAGGUGAGGUAGGCCCAAGGUCACGGGGGUUGCAUCAAGUGUCUCUUUGUUUUACCUGAUAUGAUAACCUGGUCUGUGGUGUUGCAGUACUUCGUCACCAGACUUGUUUUAGUGUGUAUAUAUGUGACCCCUCCCAUGAAGCAUAUAUACACGGGUAUUAAAUAUAUCGCUCUAUAUAAUAUUAUAUGUGUGUGGUAUCGAAGGAAUCUUUUAAAUGAUGGUAAAGGAAAAGGACUCGGGCCAGGAAACGCAGCAUCUCCAUUUUAAAUAUGAAGCCUUUUAUUUGGGAUAGGGAAAGGGAAAUAAUAAAAGAGGGGAGGGUUUUGUAUAGAUAGGUAUAAACUCUGAGAUGGGACAGGUUUCUCUGUUCACAUUUUUGAAACCCUUUAGGAUGCCCUUGCAGUUCCACCUCAGUGAGAGAGUAUUAUACUGCUAACUAGUGAGUAAAGUUUUAAUAUAAGGCUUUGCUUAUAUUAUUUAAAGGGACACUGUGAAAGGCAGGAAGUUUCACACUGACUUCCCAAGCUUGCUUUAUCAAGCCAAGAGGGUUUUCUUCAGCAUAUUAUGUGCUCUCAGCAGGAUUGCUCAGUGCUUGCAGUUCUACAGCAGAUAAAUCACAAGUUGUAGGGGCUGCUUCAGUGGUGGGUUCACAAGACCCUGUGAUAACUCUCUCUUCUUUAUUUGUGUAAGAUAAGAAGAAGGGAAUUCUGCAGCACAGAACCAAAUUUGAGGGUUAUUAACAAAGAAAGUGAUGUUUUAAUUUUAUAACAUUAGAAGAAAAUCUCAUAUCCUGUAAAAUAACUACAGACAUUCACACAGAACAGGAAUUUAUUAAAUGCUGAAGGGCUUAGUGAAAAUCUUUUCCCAAAUUCUUUGGUAGGGGCAGGAAUUUAGGUGACAACGACAUUGGAGUUAACCUGGCCUUUACAGGGAGAAGUAAAAAAUAAUGAUAAUAAAAAAACAAACAAAAAAACCCAAAAAUUACCCUACUUAGCUUGUAGGAAAACUGUAUGUCAAAAAUGGAUGGGUUUUAGCAAGUGAAAGGAAAAGAUUGCAAGGGGAUGCUGCAGUUCUGAGCUGGGUAGUAAUGAUUUUGAGUCCUUUAAUAUGUCUUUGUAUUAAUAUAAUUUAAGAAUACCACGCUUUACUAUUAAAAAAGAACUUAGUAUCUUUCAUAAGGUCUAGUAUCAGGAUAAUUAUGUAGAUGUUUUAACAACAUUUUUGUUUUUGUUCUUAAAUAAAGAAAAACCAAACUUGCUUAUUUUAGCCUUUGUAAUAGAAAAUAAAAGUGUGCACUUUAAACCCUCUCCUGA